CGAAGAAAGUAAAAGAAGAAAAUAAGAGUAGAAAAUAGAAUAAAGAGCUCGAGAAAGACCAGAUAGGAGACAUUUCCAGUUAUAUUAUAUAUGAAAAAUAGAGUCCCGAGGAUCUGAGCAGAUUCAGUGGUGAUGGAAAUAAGUUAUAAUAUAACAAUGCAAUACAUUUAUGGAUGUAAUGUUGGAACUAUAUAUUAAUAAAAUAAAGAAAAGGAAGUGAACAAAGCUAGAGACAGUUGUAAGCCAAAAAAGAGCAUAAUUUUGCCUGUAAAUUGGAACUGAAGAGAGGAAAAAGGAAUGAGAAAAAAAAAAGAAUGAAAAUGAAAAUGAAAUAUAACUGAGAAAUGACGUGAGCGAGAAAUGUUUUUUGUUGGGCAAAAUAAAGGUAGAUAACCUUUGAUAAAUCUCUUGCAAAUAUCUUUGUAAAACCAAGGAAAAAAAUAAAUUCAAAUUUCACGAAAAAUGACCCUCAUUUUUGGCUUCAGAGACCUAAAAUUUAGUAACCGAAAAGACAUGUAUAAAUAAAAAAUUUUGCAGUCCGGAUACUCUACCUUAUCAGAAGAUCAAAAGAUAAAAAAUAAUCGCAAGUAAUGUUUUUAUCUUAGUAAGAUAAUCUCAGUCACCUUGUCGUAAAAAAUAUAGUGCAAUAUAGUGCAAGUGGUUUCAUAUCUUUAUAUGUUAACAUAAAUAUGUUGUAUUGUACCAUCUGCUACCUGAGUAGAAGUUAUAAGAUAAAGUUUACCUUAAAGGCAUUUAUCAGCAGAGAUAUCUGUGUCAUAUGCCAACUGUGUAGUCAACGAAUAUAUAUUAAUUUAGAUUUUCUCUGUACACUAAGAACUUUAGCAUUUUAAAUAUGUUUAGUUGCAAGAUAAUUGUUAAUGUUUUAUUUUUGUCUUUUAUCGCUAAAACAAAUAGUGAUGAGAACUAUUUGAAGGCCACAACAGUAUCAAGUGACUUCGAUGUUUUAAUUUUUACACAACAUUGGCCUCAAACUGUUUGUUAUACGUGGAAGGAAAACGCAGCAUCGCACACGUGUUCAUUACCGACAAAACAUGAUGGGUGGACAAUUCAUGGCAUUUGGCCUUCUCAAUACAAUAAAGUUGGUCCACUGUUUUGUAAUAGAUCAAUGCCUUUUAAUCCUUUAGCUUUAAAACCAAUAGAAAGCGAAUUACAAGAAAAAUGGAUAGAUAUAGAAAAUGGAAGAACAUCUUACUCCCUUUGGAAACAUGAAUGGGACAAACACGGUACUUGCGCGGCGAUCGUGGAACCUCUGAAUAGUGAGAUCAAGUAUUUCAAGGAAGGUCUAAGUUUAUUAACAAAGUAUGAUAUGAAAAAAGUAUUAGUAAAAGACAAUAUCGUACCUGGACAAACAUAUAACACGAUCGAUAUUUUGAAUGCUAUUGAACGAAUAUUAGGUAAACGAGGCUCAUUAAUCUGCAUAAAAAACAAGGACACUGGAGAAUCAUACAUAUUUGAAAUACGAAUAUGUUUUGACAAGACGUUACAAUUAAUCGACUGUAGUGGAAUUUAUGAAUAUCCUACGAACUGUGAUAUUCAUGGAAAUGUAACAUAUCCUGAUGAAGUGCCACAAGGACACAACGUAGCACAAAAAUUACAAAUUUGGAACAUGAUUAUAUUUUUAAAUGUAUAUAUUUUCUUUUACCACUAUUAAUUACAAAUACAGAAUGUUUUGAAAUGCUGCCUUCUUAUAAACAAUUUGUAGAAUAUUUUACAAUGGUAUAGUAUCUUAAAAGUUAUAUGGUUGACUGCAUGGAAAGUAAUAGCUGAUAUUUAUUAUGAUCAUUCUACUUUUUUCUGAACAAUUAAAACUGCAGAUGGUGUCAGGCCUGGAAGUACAAUAAUAAUAAUUAAAUAAUUGAGCCCUGUAUCGUUUUAUCUUUGUGUUAUUAUAAGAAAAUCAUAGCUAAUUCAGAAUAUUUUAAUAAAUACUAUACUACUAUAGUAA